CACGCGCGGUGCGCCGAGGCGGCGGAGAGAGCUGAGCAGCCCGGAGGAGCAGCGCCGAGCAGCCGCCGGAACCAGCGAGACACCCGGGCGGGUUGAUCUGUACCCAGUGUUCCGUCGGGGAGACAGGGCAGGGGGGAGGGCUGGGGCCGGGCACAGGAGAAUGAGACAGCCCUCUGAGCGGAGGGGGCGACAUCAUGAACGGGGCCGUGUACAUUUCGUUUUUCCAGGGCCAGCUGGAGUCCGUGCUGGAGCAAGUCGUUCAGCUCGCCGUCCAGGAAAUAAGCAAGACGGUGGGCUCCAGUCUGAACACGCUGCUGCUGGAGACUGCCGUGAAGGAGCAGGAAAACCACCGGCUCCGGCUGCAGCUGCAGUCACGGGAGAACCGGGGCCGAGCCAGCGCCAACCCCGCGGACGGCGGCGGCGGCGGGUCCCCGGUGGCUGGUAAGAACAAGGCUGGCAAAGCAGCGGGCGACGAGAAGGCGGACAGCGGCAGGACAAAGCCCGAGCAGCCGUCGCCGCAGCAGCAGCAGCAGCAGCUCCACGCCCCCGGAGGGCAGGGCACCGAGCCCGGCGUCCCCACCGACACACGCCGCCUGGAGCAGCGGGGACGAGUCGUGGACCAGCUGAAGUCAGUGAUGGAGCAGGUCCUGGACUUCGCGGUUCACGAGCUGACGAAGAUUGUGGAGGCUUCGUUUGAUGACCUGCUGCUGGAGAUCACCAAGAUGGAGAGGGAGCAGCGGGUCCUGGAGGAGAGGCUGGACAGGAGCUCCGACAGAGGAGUAGGAGGAGGAGGAGGGGAGAAGGGGAGAGGAGGAGGAGGAGGAGGAGGAGGAGCUGGGGGGAGGAGGAGAGGCUCAGAGAACGACUCGGUGUCCCCCAGUGGCUCCGAGGACGCCCGGGAGGAGCUCACAGAGGUCACCGUGUCCAAAGAGACGGCGGAGACAGACGACUCGGAGCGUCCCCCCGUCCUCUCGGUCUCUCAGGACUGGGUCCCCAUCCUGGACAAAGUCUUCGGUCAGAAGUGGUGCAGUGACGUCUGGCAGAUCAAGGAGCUCGGGGGAGGAGGAGGAGGGGGAGGAGGUGUUGGGCGGAGUCUGGGUGAGGGCGGGGCACAGCAGGCAGCGCCUCUCUCCACCUCCUCUGUGACCCUGGAGCCCUCCCCCUCGUCCCCCCAGCAGGACCCCCGCUGGACUCCUCUGGAGGACAUGGAGGUGUUUUCUCCUGAUGAGGACGCUGCAGACGGUCAGGGGGACGCCACCACCACGGGACCCUCACCUGGGCCCCCCCUCAGCCCCACAGGUCCUUCAGGUCGUCGCUCCUCUGCCUCGAUGCUUCAUCGUCUCCUGACUCUGCCGUCUCAGCUGCUGGAGGACGACGACGAGGAAGCCGCCGCCAAGGAGACGCUGGCAGCUCUGGCGCUUGAAGGCGCCAUCGACCGCAGAGACGGCGUCGAACCGCCUGGUCGGACCCGCCCGUCACCCUUGGCAACCAGGGAGGAGGAGGGGGAGGAGGAAGAGGAAGAAGAAGAGGAGGAGGACAAAGGGAGGAAGAAGAAGAGGCGGAGGGUGUGGUCGGAGUGUGAGGAGUGCGGUCGGAGGUUCAGUCGGAUGUCUCUCCUGAAGGCUCAUCGCCAGACUCACGUCGCCGAAAACGCCGCCGCCGAAACCUCGUCCCCUUCGUCUCCGCCCGGCAACACCACCUCGGCUUUACGCUGUUCAGACUGCGGGAAGAGGUUCUCCUCGGCGACUCGCCUCCACAGCCACGCCCGGACCCAGCACCCCGGGAACCGGACCUGAGCUGGCCCUGAACCCAGCGGGGACGGAGCGGGCGGUCGGGGUCACCUGGGCUGAACUGGAAAUAGAAACGGGAACAAAGGAGCUUCAACAGAAUCCAACAAAUCUGAACAAAGAACCAGAGGAGGAUCCACAGACCUGAGACCAGACCAGAGCCACAGAGCAUGAAAGGGAAACGAAUCGAACACACAGACGUCAGACAGGUUUUAGACUCAAAGAUGCUUUUAUUCUGAAACACAACAGGAAGUCGACUCCAGGCAGAACUUCAUCAUCAGGCCUGAAAAUAAUUUAUUUAUUUUAACAUUCAGUCACCUCUCCAUCAUUUAUUAUUAAUCAGUCAGUGUGUGAGAGACUGAGCCACACUUUCCUUUGAUUAAUGAUUGAAACAAAUGAUCAGUUAUCGAUCAGUCGACUUUAGUAGCAGCACUUAAAACAUGAUGAAUACAAAGAGAUUCGUUCAUAUGAUUGAUUUAUUUUUGGAAACGUUUUAUGAAAUCAUUUCAGACAAUAAGAAAAUAAUUUUUAUUGAAUCACAGAAACUGAAAAAGUUUCACCGAACAGGAUUAAAAACAAAGUUGAGCAGAACAAAAACAAACAACGAUCAAUAAAAUGUUUGAUAAAGAACCUGAAAACAAAAAGAGGAAAUUAAAAGAUGUAAAAAUAAAGAUUUACUCCAGAUUAAAAAGGCCUCACGUUAAAGACUCUGUCUGUCUCCCGUCAUCGGUACCUGACGGCCAAUCAUCUCUGGAGGAAGGUCACAUGAUCGAUUAUCACCAGACGCUUCUGAUUUGGAUCCGUUUCCAUGUCAACACCGAGACUCUCAAAGUUCAGACGCUGAUGAAUCUCUUACUGAACUUUUAUUUUUAGGAUCAAAACAUUCAGUUUGUGACGAUAAUUUAAAACCCGAUUUCCUCCUCCAGAUUCGCUCAUUUCACCACACGUAGGAAAUGAAAAUGUGAUGACAGUUUGCUGUCGACCAAUGAGAUCAAAGCUCAGCUGCAACGUCCUGAUAUCAAAUAAUCAGCUCUGUUUUUGAGUUUGAAACUGAUAGAAAAUAAUAAUUCUGAAUGUUUUUUAAAGUCAGAAUUUUUACUUAUUAUUCCCAAAGUCUGUUUUUAUUUCUGUGAUUCCUAUUUUUUUUUCUUUUCUGGUUGAAAAUUGGAUGGAUUAAUGAACCGGAUAUAAAUCAAAGAUCAAUAUUUAAUAAUGAAUUCUGUCCAAAACCCCCAAAAUGGAGUUCAUAAGGAAACGAAGGCAGAAAAACAACAAACAAAAACAAACAGAUGUUUUCUGCUCAGUUCAUCUGAUAUGUACGGAAGCCCAGUGGUGCCAAGGAGAAGGAGAAACAUAAACUCUCAUUUUAAGUCAGAUUUUUGCACAAAUGUUUGAUUUCUCCUGAACAAAAAGAAAAUGGCGUCAUUUUCUUGUGAAAUUACUCAGCGUCUCGUAAUUAUAAUACGACACGUAUGAAGUUAUUAAAAUCUAAAGACACUGAUUCAAAGUUUUCAGGUUCUUUAAAAUAAUUUAAACUUUAAUUACAAAUGUUGUGAGCUGAACAGAUUCAAUAAGAGAUUCACAGAUUUGAAUUCAACAAAAUAUUUUUAAAUCCCGACUCUGGACCGGAUCAACUCGUCUGAGUGGAUUUAAUCAAACAAGUGAAGACGGUAAAAUAAAGAAUCUGAUUGGAGGAAGAACUGACGAGGAGGCGUCACAUCGAAGGGAAAACACGACAGACUCCUCCUGCUGUACAUUCUCCUCCUCCUCCUCCUUCAUCUUCUUCAUCCUCUCCUCCUGUAAAAUACCCUCGUGGCGAGGGAACGAGCUCCAGCUGCUGCAGGUGAGGUUUCUGUUUUCACGAUGAGGUGGCGGCCGCAGCAGUUGAACGGUCGGAGCAUCGUUUCCUGUUUCCUGUUUCCUCUCUGGUGGUGAUGAUCGUGGUUUUUUGUUUCUCGUGUUGGAUAUGUGAAACGUGGACUCGCAGGAAGAUCGACUUUUCUACCUGUUUGUUUUUAAAGUGCCCUUUUAUGGUUUUCUCUCAAGAAACAGACAAACAGUUUAUUUCUCUGUUUUUAUUAAUGGAAACCAUUCUCGGAUUAAUACGGAAGCCCAGAGAGGCCACGCUGCAGUUUGUUUUUGGAGUCUCAGGAUCAUGAGUCAAGUAUUUCGUUAUCCCGAGAUGAAGAAGCUUAUUUUCUCAUGACAUCAGAAUUAUUUACGUUGAUUCUGGAGGAAACAAACGUCAGAUCUGUGGAGACAACGAAAACAUGUUUACUUAAGAUCACGGACCGUCGUUUGCAGAAACCUUAUAAUCCCAUGAGCUCGCUUAAAAAACAAAACUCACUCUCGUCACGUCGACACAUCAACCUUUUGUUUCCUCAAGACUCGACACAAAUUAACCCGUUCCCGAUAACUGCAUGAAAAAUAAUUGCAUGUGUGGCCGUUCUGGGCUUCCGUAGGUCGUCGUCAGGUGAAUUUUUGUCGUCAGAUUUUACAUUUAUCGGACGAUCUUUGAGGAUUCUGUCCUCGCAUCACUACUCUGUAAAAACACAAACAAAGGAAGAAAAACUUUGUCAGUGGCAUCGAUAUAUUUGUUUUGGACUUGUUGAAUGUGAAUCUGAGCAGUUUGUAUCCUUUUUACGUUUGUACAGUUUUUACUUUCAGACAGAACUGAUGAUGAUGAUUAUGAUGAUGAUGAUGAUGAAACGAGAGCAAAGAGAAAGAGGAAGGUUUUUAAAUCUGUGACGGUUUACUCCUCUGCCUCCUUCUUUCUUUACUUACAUCCUUCCUUCCUUCCUUCCUCAUCCCUCGUUCUUGGUCCGGUUCAGUAACCUCGCGGUAACACACAGAUACCUCCGUAAAACACAAACACAACCGCACACACGUUUUUAUUUGUUUCUCUGGCUCAAACUAAUUAAUGUUUUCUUUACAUUAUUUAUUCUACUCCGUAUGGAAGCCUGUUACUGCCAGACAAACAAACAAACAAAUGUAGAGCGAUGUUAAGAGUAGGAAAUAUAAAAACACUCCGCGACUAAAAGUUUAACGUACACAGAUUAAUUAAAGUUGGAGAUGUUAACACGGACCUCGUGAUGCGUAAUUACAAGAUAAAAAACUUUUUGAGAUAUUUUACUCCAAAUUAUUAAAUCUUUUUUUUUUUUUAGAAAAAAAUGAAUAAGAAUUAUUAAGUAAUAAAUUUAAAUUUUUAUUUAUUUCAUCAUUUUAGUAUUUUAAGUAUAUUUUUUUAUUUGUAUGAUUUUUUUUUUUUAUCAGCCUCCAUCGAUGUAGCAGACAUGAAUCAGAAACGGAUAUCUGUAUUUAGGUCUCAGAGUCAAACUGUUCGUUCAGUCUGUCCGGGAAAAAAAAAAAUCAGUUCAUUAAGAUGAAACACAGAAAAACACAACCGCACGUUUUCUCGUUUUAACUUUUUUUUUUUUUUUUUAAUCUACCGACGAUGUUUCUCUGGCCUCAAUUAUCAAGUUUUUUUUCUUUUCUUAAAUAAUUCGAUCUGUAUGGAAGCUCACUCCUGCCAAUGAAAGAAAAAAAAUUAUUAUUUUUUUUUUAUAUAUACAAAAAAUAUUUUGAGAAAUGAAUGGAAAGAAAAAGAUUAAAUUAUGAGACGUAAACAUUUUUCAACACAUUAUUUCCCUACGAUACGAUAUUAACACAAUACGUAAGUCACAUUCAAUAUUGUGAUUUUUAACUUUAAGUGAUAUGCUGAAUAUUGUGAAAAUGUAUGUUUAUUAUCUUUUUUGACUGCAAAUUUUAACCCCAAAGAAAAAUCUUUGUCAUCUGUUUUAUUUUAUAGGUCAAAGUUUUCAGUUUGUUCACCUCACUGUAAAAGACUUUUUAACAAAAAGUUUGCUAAUUUGUAUGAGCAAUAUUAAUAAUUAAUAUAAUGUAAAAAAAUACAAGAUUGUCAUGCAAAAUAUUGCGAUACUUUGCUGUAUUGAUUUUUCCCCACCCCUAAUUAUUUCAUAUUUUUUUUAUCAUCCCUAACUUUUCAUGCGGCAGAAAUGAGCUUCCAUUGAGACAAAAACGAGACAAGUAAAAGUACAAAACAAUGACAAAUAUCUUCAGAGUUUAAACUUGUGUCUUUAAAAGCUUCACUCAUUCUGUCCAAAAACUCGCAUCAAAAACAGAAAAUCUGAAAUAAUGAAAAAUGAAUCUCAACGGUCCGACACGCUCUGGACUCCGUACAUAUCCUGUCUGGUUUUUAUUGAAUCAUUCCGACCUUCGUGUUUGUGUUCAGAGUCUCUGUCGUUCUUAAUCCUCUGUGGCAUGGGUGGUGCAGGAGGCGAUGGAGGGAUGGUGACGAACAGAAGGAUCAGAAAACAGAUCAAUGUCAGAAUAUUCAUGUGUCCGUGUUGUUUCUGCGCCGCGAUGCUUCAGCAUGAUCAGACGUCUCCAUCGUUUUUACGCUUUGUAAAUGUGCAAACUCCAACUUUUUCUAGUGAUUCUGUUUUUACUUUGUUUGAACAAAAAAAGAAAUUGAAGCAAUAUGAAGCCAAAACUCUGCCGAGUGGCCAGAGUUUGAUUUGCUGUGGAGGAGAGUCGUUCACGUUCAAGACGACGUGAAACAAAAAUCAGACCACUGAUUAAAAAUAUCAGGAAUGAGAAAAAAAAGGUGGGUUUGAUUUUGGUGCAUCAUGAAAUUGAUGAUUAAUAAUGAACUGUUUAAUGUCCUGCCGCUGAACGCUGCUUCGAUAACUAAAGCUAACUGUCUGCUUCGCUAACAUCUGAAUUACCCAACCACUUUUCUGCAACUGCCGAGCGCCUGGCGUUGAUCUGAUGUGUUGCACUUUCAGCCUCCACACGUCUUCACAUACCUCAUUUUAUUUCUCUUGUAAAACAUUUCAAGUGUUUCCUUUGUUACUUUCCACACAGACCUCAUUACCUCAGUAGAUGUACGGCAUUGAUAUUUGACUACAAUAAUGUGUUUUGAUUUUUUCUGUGUUCAUUUUGGAUGCGUCUCAGCUUUAAAAAAAGAAAAAGGAAAAAAAACGUAGCUGUCACGUAAAAAAAAAACACAAAACUGCAAAAACACAAACUUCUCAGGUCUAAAAAUAGAGUCUGUUAAGAUUAUGAUUUUUUAUUUAAAUAAAAAAAUUAUCGUCUUUCAGGACUAACGUAGGUAGUUUAACAGGUUUAUAAGAGCCCACCAGGACACCUCAAGGUACAGAAGCCCAUUUAUGCCAAGACAAAAUAAGACUAUUAAAAAUCAAAAUACUCAUCAUGUUGGGUAAAACUGACAAGAUACUGAGUCAAAAUAAUAACUUAAUUUUGAGACAGCAAGUCAUUAAUAUGCAAUUAAGAUAAAACAUUAAGUAUUAUUUUUAAUAUAUUGAUUUUUUUUUUAGGAAAUUCUUUUACUUAUAAUUUUGACGUAAAAAAUGUUAUCAUCAUAUCAUAUUUUGAUAGGACUCCCACAGUUAUGGAAAAUUUGAAAAGUGAUAAAAUUUCACAGUCAUGUUUUCCAGGCCUGGAAAGUCAUGGAAUUAGUAAAAAUAAUUAAAAGUUUUGAAGAGCCAUUAAUUCUUCUGUUACAGUAAUCUUCUGUGGAUAACUUUCCACAUCGUGUAAUAUUACGGUAAAUUCUUUUCUGUAGCUGUUGAUGUAACGUAGCUCUAACGUGUUGAUGUUUACAUCUCCCUGCAUUCCGUCUCCUCCGCCAUGUUUGCCUGCUAGCUGAAAUUAUAGUUGAAUAAAGUUUGAAUCUGAUACAUUUGAAAAACGCAGAGCGAGUAGGACAAAAAAACAAAACAAAAAACAGUUAUUAUAGAUACUUACAAAGUUACGGAACAGUUUGUGGGAAACCUGAUUUGAUUCUUUGUAAGAAUUUUGACUGUUUUGGUUUCAUCAGUUCCAGUUUCGUUUUCUUGGCCUUAAUGAGCUUCCGUACUGAACUGUAACAUCUGGCUGAUUUUUCUGAUUAUUUCAUGGAACAUGAAAAAACAUUUGAUGUUUUAACUCUUUGAAUUCUCGUCGCUCGUUACAACUUUGUAGAGCACUUUUCAAAUUAAGACGUGAAGCACUUAACAAAGAUGAAACAAACUAAAGCUAACUUUAAGGGACGAUGCAAAUAAAAACUAAAAUGAGAUGAAAAUAUAAGUGUUAGAAUGAAAUAAACAGAAAAUAUAACAUGCAUAAAAACAUCAAAUGAAAUCAUGAUAAAGAAAAAUCAGGUGAUUCCAGAUGUUUUUCUUUCUGAACCAAAAAAUGCACAACACAUCUGCAGUUAUGUGGUUUUUACAGGACAGCAGCUGCUUCACUGCACUGUGCACAGAUUAGAAAAUGCUUACUAUCGGAGGAUAACCUCGUAUCUCCUCAUAUUGCUGCCUGGUGUGAACGCUGCGCUGAACCAGGUGAACCAGGUGAAACGCACACCUGCAGCACACACAACAGAAAAUAUCCAUCACAGUGGUGGUUACGAGGUUUUCCUCCCGACAGCAUCAUCCUCAUGUGACUUGUUUAACCAAUCAGCGAUCCUCCUGUUGUUGUUUACAAAGCCAUAGAAGAAGAGAAAUGUGCGUCUGAUUGAAAACUCAGAAAGGGAAAAUUACGAACAAAUAAAACCACCAAAAAUCAGGAAAUCAGGUGUCUGUAGAAAGUAAACUGAUUUCAACAUCAAAGUCAAACAGAAAUCCUGAAAGUUAAUAAAAUGUUGUAAUUGAUAUAAUAAAGGGACCCAAUUAAUUAAUACUGAUAUAAAUGUAUUUACCUUUUUGUGUUCUGACAUUAAGAUUAAUAUCUUUGUUCGUUACAAGAAACAGAACGGUGUCGCUGACAUAAAAAUAAGAUCUUGUGAUUGCAAAAACUACAAAGGUUAAAAUACUGUACGUUUAAGAAAUCUGAAAAUCUUGUAGUUCAGCUGUUUUCUUGUAGUUUUAUACUUGUAAAAAAAGAUUUUGUAAUUUUUUCAAAAGAAACAAGAUUUUUAUUUUUUACAACUUUACACGUUAUCAGAUUUUUUCUUGUCAGAGAAGAAACAGAAUUAUGAGGGAUGAGCGAGUACAUUAUUAUCUGUAUCUGUUUAACCAACUAAAUUAUCUGUAUCUGUACUCAUAGUGGGCGGGGUUUAUUCCAGUGUGGGUGGUGUUACAAUUUGAAGUGGGUGGGGCUUGAUCCGAAAUUCUUAUUUAAGCCUGAAAUUGACAUGGGUUGAUCAGUUGCUGUGUUAAUUAUUUAUUUUUAUUUCUUGCGAUCUAAUAAUCUAAUAAUUAUGAGAACAUUAUCUUUUUUGUAAAAUUAUACAAGAUUUUACAAGGUGAAAAUUAAACAUAUUUUUUCUUGUCGUAACAAGAUGCAGAAUAGGGAUGCACAUUAACAUGAAUUAACAGAAUUGGCCAAUAUGCCUUCUUAUUGUGCACAAUGAAUUAAUAUUACAGACACUGAAGAGACUUGAUCUUAAAAAGUGGAUAUAUCGUUAUUGGUUGGCGGCCAAAUAAGAUGUUAUAUAUCGAAUAUUGGCACAAAAAAAAAAAUCCAAUAUCGUGCAUCCUUAGUACAAAGUCAUAAUCAGUAGGGAUGAGCAAGUACACCAUUGUCUAUAUGUGUCUGUCUGAAUUUAAACUACAAGUGGGCGGGGCCUAAUCAGAAUUUCUUAUUUUAACCCUGACAGUGAUACGAGUUGAUCAAAAGUGUUCUAACCAUGUGAUCUUGUAAUUAUGAGAACAUUUCUUGUAUUUAAGUGAUGCUAAAAUAAUCCUGACGAGAUUAAUUUCUUUUGUAAAAAAGAAUCUCACGAUCUUUAUGUAUUAAUUGAGAGUUACUGCACUAAAAAUUGAUCUUUUUGUUAUUAAGGGACACUAAGUCGUGUUUUUCCGACAUACAAAUUUGAGACUUGUAAUCAAGACUUUCAGAAUUAUCAGACUUUGAUGAAUGCACUUUCCACCAGACGCAUUUUUCUCCAAACGUUACUUUAAAGGCGGACGCUGAAGAAAUUCUGUAUAAAAUGUCACACUCCAUAUUAUUUUCAGCACUGAGAUGCAUUCAGACGGCAUUCAUGUGUACAUAUCACAGAGCACAUCUCUACUCCUGUGAUUUUUACUUCACAGUUUUCUGAAAAGUGGUUGUGUGGUUCCCAUGUGGACAGAAGAUGAUGUUUGAGUUCAGCCUCUUCGUUACACGCAGGCUGAGAGACGAGCGAAAGAAGGGAAUAAACUCUGCAGUACAAAGAGCCCAGAGGGACCUGGAUCUUUAAAAUAAAGGGUUCCUUAAAUAAAACCCUUCAUGUUAGGUUGUAGAAGUAGAGCUGGAGUUAAAAGAACUUCACACGGGGGUUCCUCAAAGAACAAUCUGAGGUCCUCUUAUUGUUUGAUGCAAACGUGGGAAUGAGGGGAUGAAAGGGACGUUUUUAAGUUUUAUUGUUUGAAACUGUUUUUAACUGUUUUACUUUGAGCAGACUGUAUGUUUGUAACGACACAGGGAACCUGAUGUUUGAAGCCUUUUUAUUGUUUGAAAUAUUGAUUUCUACUCCCUGUAUAAUCUCUAUGAAAUGACUUGUUCAUCUCAGUGUUUGGAUUUAAUGCAAUACUUUUGAUAAAAAUAAAAUGUGCCCUUUUUUGUAAUUCAGUAGUCUAAUAAAACCAAAUCUAACAGUUUCCUGUUGAAUAAUGAAAUGUCAAAAGUGCUGGAGAUGAGUGGCGGACAGUUCAACCUUCAGUCAGGACAUGGACGUUUCCAUCGUCCGUUAAUGUGAAUUAACUCAGAAUUGAUACGACCUUUGACCAUUUUGUGACCAAUGUCAGUUUUGAGUGAAUUUUUGCCAACGUUUUCCAUCUUUGAACCAGUGAAGCAGAAUAUUCACUGUGUGUUUGGCUGUUUUGUGCCCCGUGUUGAUCACAGCAGCACCGUCUGAAUGUCAUUUAUGCCAAGUUACAAACUGUCUGCCAUGAUGAUGAUGAUGAUGAUGUGAUGAUGAAGGCGAUGGUGAUGGUGUGUUUUUGUUUUUUUUUUUUAUUAUUACCUGUUUUAGUCGAUAAGACCGGGUACUUUUUAGUGUUUAAAUUCAAACAAAACCAAUAAAUGUUCACAACGA